GUUGUCGUCGACGACGGCCCGAUCACUCACCAUCACAAACCCUAAAUGAUCUACCGUCGAUUCUGCAUUCAUCCAUUACAAUUUUAGGUUUUAUUGUGUUCAAAUUUAUACAAUUGAUGAUGUUUAUCGUCUAAAUACUGGAUCAAACUGUACGACAUUGCUUGGGAGAUUAAUUUUGUUUGCCCUAACAUAGAAAUCUAUGACGGCGGAUUCAUCUACUACCAUGGUUACCCACUCCGGCGAAGGUGGUAUUAACAGUCCUUCCCGACGGAGAAAUUUACCGUCUGCGUGGGCUCAAGUGGUUCGCGGUGGUGGUGAGUCGGAAUCAGUUAUUCCACGAUCGCCGCGGGCUUCCGAGCAACAUUCUGUGUUUUCUGAUCAGUUGAUGGUAUUUGAGCCGGCGUCGGUGGUAGUGGCGGCGGCUGCGCAACCGGAUGGCUCUGAGGGUAGUCAUUGUGGUAAUGGCGGUGGUGAAAAGAAGUCAGCUUGGAACAAACCCUCGGCAAAUGGUGUUGUGGAAGGUACUACUACUCCUGUGAUGGGUGCUGCUUCUUGGCCUGCUCUAUCUGAGUCGACUCGUCCUGUUCUGAAAUCAUUGUCGUCAGAAUCAUCAUCUAAACCCACCUCUGAUGGAUUGGUUACUGUUUUCGAGGCACCUGUAAUUUCACAAACACAACAAAAACCAGCCAAAAGUAAUGCAAACAAUCAUUCUAAUACAACCAACAACCACCCUUUCCGACAACGAUCAAUGAAACGAGGUGGAAGUGCUGGGGGUGCAUCUGCAGGCUACAAUCGGCCUCCACCUCCUCCUCCACCGCCACUACCUCCGCCAUUUCCACUUUUCGACAUGACAUAUUGUAAUUAUGUACCAGCUGUGUUGGACUCCCCCAUAAGAGAUCAACCUCCACUUAAGGGCAAUAGCUGGAACCCUAGACCAAUGGGUGUUGUGCAUGAUCACUCUUCCAACCGAACUCCAUCCCGAAGGAAUAACUUUGGUCCCCGCCCCCGUAGAGACGGGGGAGUCCAUAAUAAUGGAUAUGGAGGCAGGAAUGAGCAUCAUGAUCGUGAUUGGCAUGGAACUCGAAGUCCCGCUGGUAGAGAUGUUCAUGUACCACAGCAAAUAGGUCCUCCACCUCCCAGGGGUUACUUUCGUCAACCUCACCCAGGUCCUCCUUAUAUUCCGGCACAGCCCAUAAGACCUUAUGGAACGCCUAUGGGUUAUGAGAUGGCUGCACCUUUUCUAUAUGUUCCUACUCUACCUCCAGAGCCAUACAGAAGCACACCUCUUCUCCCUCAAGCAGCUCCACCCCCUAUGUUUAUCCCGGUUAUGGAUCCUCCUUUGCACGACUUCAUACUUAAUCAGAUAGAAUAUUAUUUCAGUGAUGCUAAUUUGGUUAAAGACAACUUUUUGAGGUCAAACAUGGAUGAGGAGGGUUGGGUACCUAUAGCUUUAAUAGCUGGAUUUAGACGACUCAUUAAUAAUGCACCAUUUAUGCUCUGUGAGGAGUUUCUGGAAGACUAUUGUGCAUGCUUUGCAUUCAUUAUUUGAGAUAAGGUACAGGGUACUGUUUAUUGAAUUUGAGGUGUUUCACUUUCCAAAUGCAUGGUGAUCCCAUCCCAAUAGCUGAUUUUUGCACGGAGGAAACAGGGAACUGAAGAAGUUCUUGGACCUUUGAGGUUAAAAAUUAUAUUUUGAGUUAUUGAAAUUUUGAAGAAUAUUCAAAUACGGGAAAGAUCAAUGGAGAUGAUCAUACUGGUUUCAUCAUAUCCUACUAUGACCAAUACAUGCGAAGAUGCUUUUUCAAAAUGAACCGUUCUCUGUGAUUAUUUUUCUUUCUUGAACUUAAAACUCAGCAUAAUGUUGUGAUGAGAAAUCAAGAAUCCCAUAGAAUAUGAGAGGAAAGAUAGGUUGAACAAAGGUCCGUGAGAUUUAUGAUCAAUGAGCAAAUUUCAAUAUUCUUGGAUGCUGCUAUAGUGCUAUGUGAAGGAUCCUAGUGACAAUGUUUUUGCAUGUUAUUUACUUUUAUUUUUCUGCUUCAGGAAGGGUUUGCUUAUACCAUUUUUCAUCUGUGGAUUAAUCAUCUCUUAGUUUCUGUAAUGUUUUAUUUAGUUUAUAUACCAUUCUUCAUCUGUGGAUUAAUCAUAGGAACUGUUCAUCUCAGAAUUAUUUUUUCUUGCAAGUUUACCUCCUAAACCUAAUCUUGGUUCUUUGUCCUGUUUUUAUUUUAUACGGAUUUGCAUUUUGCACCUUUGUUAACUUAAGAUCCAUAGAUUCUAGAGGAAGACAGAUAGCACAGCCCAUGAUUGUAAGAGCUGAAAACUACCACAUGCUCAUGAUGACAAUCCUUUUCUUAAUCUGUGUAGUUUUUUCUGUUCCUUGAAAAUGUAUGAUUUUAAAAGAAAAAUCCUAAUUGACAUCAACAUUUGUCAUAGAAGUUAUUCAGGCAUGCUUGCUUCCUUUGUCCUUAUGCUAUGUUUGAGCAUUCAUUCAGUUAACUCAUAGGUUCUUAUAUUAACUUCCUAUAUGAUAUUUUGAAAUUUCGGUCUUAUGCUGUCAUAUCACACUUAAAAAGUAUUGAUCCCUGUUUCCCAAUCCCCAUCUUUUUAUAUUGUACCCGUGUAUAUCUUUUUUUUUUCAUGCACUUGAGCUCUUAUUUUGGUGACUUUCGCUGUUGAUGUACU